CCGGACGGCACUCGUGCAGGCAAGUGGACGUUACCCGGUAGGCAUUUGAAAAUCACUGGGGCUGGGUGGGCUAAAACAGAAGCGUCUGAGUCCCUUUGCCGGCUAGCAGGACGGGGGCGAGCUUCUCAUCCAGCAAGAUGGUGGUGUUACAUAGCUAUUGUGAGGGAAAUGAGUCCCUGGCACUGGUGUGGACUCAGGAGGGGCUCUCCCCUUGCUUCUACUUCACGCUGGUGCCUGCAGUACUACUCAGUGUCUGUCUCCUAUUGGGUGCCCUACAGUAUACCUGUUAUGCUCAGUUCAGCCGCACCAUGGAACCAAAGUAUAUCCCCUGCUCCCGUCUGUACUAUACCCAAAUCCUGGUCUCUCUGCUCCUCGCCCUGAUGCCCUUCUGCACUUUCCUGUGGCAAGUGCUGGGCAUGCAAGAACUUUAUGGAUAUAUGGUGCUGAAUACCUGCUUGUCAGCCGUGAGCUGGGCCACCUCAAUUGGGCUGCUGCACCUGGAACGCACCAGGGUGAUGGUGCAGGAUCAGAUCAGAGGCCACGGAGCGAUCCUUCUCCUCUAUUGGGCUCUAGCUUUUGCUUCUGAGAAUAUGGCCUUCAUCUCUUGGAACAGCCCACUCUGGUGGUGGGAAUUAAAAGACACCAACCAAAAGGUCCAAUUUAGCCUGUGGUUCCUACGUUACAUCGGCACCUUCACCCUCUUCGCUUUGGGGAUCAAGGCCCCAGGGCUUCCCCGAAAACCCUACAUGCUUCUAAUUAAUGAAGAUGAGCGGGACGUGGAAAACAGCCAGCCCCUGCUUCCAAAUGCCAGACGGAACACCUCCACAUGGAAGAAUAUCGGCCAGAAGGUAUUCCUCCUUAUACAGUACAUGUGGCCAAAGAGGAACUACCCACUGCAGGGCAUGGUGAUAUUCUGUCUGAUGCUUAUGGGGCUGGAACGUGCCAUCAAUGUCUUUGUGCCCAUCUACUACAAGCAUAUUGUGGAUGAGCUCACAGAGAGAGUGACUUGGCACAUAGUGCUUCAGACCAUUUGUAUCUACGCGAUCCUCAAGUUCCUCCAAGGAGGAGGAGCUGGAACAACUGGCUUCAUUAGCAAUGUGCGCACCUUCCUGUGGAUCCGCGUGCAACAGUUCACCAGCCGUGAAGUCCAGGUAGAGCUCCUCCGGCAUCUCCAUAACCUGUCUCUUCGCUGGCACCUGGAGCGCAAGACAGGCGAGGUGUUGCGCAGUGUUGACCGAGGCACUAGCAGCAUCAACAACUUGCUCAGUUACAUCAUAUUCAGCAUCCUCCCCACGGUGGCUGAUAUUAUAAUUGCUAUUGUGUAUUUCGCCUUAACCUUCAGCGGCUGGUUCGGCCUCGUCAUCUUCCUCUGCAUGAGCCUUUACCUCACGCUGACUAUAAUAAUGACUGAGUGGCGAACAAAGUACCGCCGUGAUAUGAAUCUUCGUGACAAUGAGGCCAAGUCUCGAGCAGUUGAUUCACUUCUCAACUUUGAGACGGUGAAGUAUUACAAUGCAGAGGACUAUGAGGCUAGACGCUUCAAUGAUGCCAUUGUCAAGUAUCAGGUUUCAGAAUGGAAAGUCAAUGCAUCCCUGGGCCUGUUGAACCAGACACAGAACCUGGUGAUUGGUUUGGGGCUGCUGGCUGGAUCCCUCCUAUGUGCUUCUUAUGUGACUGAGAAGAAGCUCUUUGUAGGCGAUUAUGUUCUCUUUGGCACAUACAUUAUUCAGCUGUAUACUCCGCUGAACUGGUUUGGCACAUAUUACAGAAUGAUCCAGUCCUCAUUUGUUGACAUGGAGAAUAUGUUUGAGCUCUUCAGAGAGGAACAGGAGGUGAAGGAUGAACCAGGUGCCGGAGACCUUCGAUUUCUCUCAGGACGUGUGGAAUUUGUAAAUGUCCAUUUUGGCUAUGUGGAAGGGAAGGAAAUUUUACAUGACGUUUCCUUUACCGUAAUGCCUGGACAAACCCUAGCACUGGUGGGACCCUCUGGGUCAGGGAAGAGUACCAUUGUCCGCCUGCUGUUCCGCUUUUAUGACGUGUGGGGAGGCUGCAUACGCAUAGAUGGGCAGGACAUCUCUAAGGCAAAGCAGGUAUCUGUGCGUUCCCAUAUUGGUGUAGUGCCUCAGGACACCGUCCUCUUCAAUGAUACUAUUUGCAACAACAUCCGGUAUGGCCGUACUGACGCUACCAAUGAAGAGGUUAUAGAAGCAGCCAUGACUGCUGAUAUCCAUGACCGUAUCCUCACAUUCCCUGAUGGUUACGAUACGCAGGUUGGUGAGCGAGGUCUGAAGCUGAGCGGUGGGGAAAAGCAGCGAGUUGCUAUUGCCCGCACCAUCUUGAAGAACCCUGACAUCAUCUUGCUUGAUGAGGCAACAUCAGCACUGGACACUAAAACGGAGAGAAGAAUCCAGGCAUCGCUGGCUAAAGUAUGUGCCAACCGCACCACUAUUAUUGUGGCUCACAGGUUAUCGACUAUAGUUAAGGCUGAUCAAAUCCUAGUUAUCCGGGAGGGCCGAGUGGUGGAGAGAGGAAGGCACGAGCAGCUACUAAAGAAAGGUGGUCUCUACUCUGACAUGUGGUUUCAACAAGGAAGUGAGAUGCCUGGUGGCUCAGACACAGAGAGCAAGGCCAGCAUCCCAUCAAAGGCUGGCACUGGGGAACCAGAAGCAGGCAAUGUUGAGGGUGAGCCUGAGGAUGAGGAUGAGGAUGAACCUGAACCUGAACCUGAACCUGAAGCUCAGGAUGAACCCAAAGAUGAGGAUGAGGAUGAGGAUGAAGCUCAGGAUGAACCCGAAGAUGAGGAUGAGGAUGAAUCAUAGCCAAGCAACUGAAAGAACUACUGAAUGUCUUCUGCAUGAUGGAGCGUGAUGCCAAAGAGGGGCUGCUACCUUGCCCUUGACAUUUGUGAUGACUUAUCACACAAAGCUCUGGUCCCUAGAACAUUUAGCAGAUCCACCAAGUUUGGCUGUGGAAAUCAAAUUGGAGGAGGCAUAGACUCUAUAUUAGCCUGCUCAUAGUAAUAGAACAACAAAGAGUAUCCCUCAAGCUCCUUUCAGGGUGCGAAAUACGUUGCUUGGUGAUCCAGACAUGUCAUCAGUGAAGGGGAGAGGCUUCGACCAGGGCCACCUUGCUGUACUACUGUUGUCACUGGCAAAUGUCUUCUUCUGCAAGAUGAACUGGGUGGGUGAGGAGAGGAAAAUGACACGUGUGAGUAUUGCCAGCAUUCUGUAUGAAACCAGAAGAAGCCUCAGGGAAAGGAGGCGCAUUUUCAUAAGUUCUGAUUUUGAAAUGUCUGUUUGAUUUUCAUAAACUCUGUGUUUUCAGAUCAAUUUGCAGAUUCCAUUUUUUUCAGUCUCACUUGUUAAAGGAAAGGACUAAGUGGUAA